UGACACUUUGACAUUGACAGUUUGGGUUCCGGUUCCCAGGAAUAAGAAUGUUGAAGAAUAUUCUUUUUUUCUAAGUUCGGUACCUAUGAGUAGAAGAACAGGAACAGAAUGACUUAAAAUGACUGAAUUAAAACAAUUUCGAUGUGUGAACUGUGGUAAACCUACGGGAGCUCUCUACAGGACGUACGGCCCUUCUGUUCUUAAGUUAAAUAAGUGUGCAAAAUGCAAAUGUAUUGUGGACAAGUACAUAGAAUAUGACAAUGUUAUAGUUAUGAUAGAUGCAGUGUUAAUUUCCAAAGAAGCACAGAGGCAUAUUAUUUACAACACAGAAUUCAAAUCAUAUUGGAAGCUAUUCAUAGUGCUAAUGUUACUGGAGACAUAUGGCGUGUGGCGUAAUGACAGUUUAUUUAACAUAGCCAUUAAUUCACUAUGUGGUAUUCGGACCAAAGCUACAGUUAAUACUACAUAUUUAUACAUUCCAGUUGACAUCUCAAUGUCGGAGUGGUGGAAACACCAGUGCAGCGGCUGGGUGUAUGAGGAGAGAGGGGACGACAAUGACCUCUUUAUAUGGGAGAAGGACUUCUACAUCCAGUUCUUAUCUACAUUCACUGGGAUUGUUACAUUUAUUUCUACAGUCCAUUUAAUUAUGACUAUGAUCAAGCCAAUGUCAGUGUCACUUAAUGAAGUUUCUUUCAUAAGAGUAUUAAAAGCAUUUUCAAUGGCAAAUGUCAGUAUUUUGUUCACUUUGCCAAUGUUAGUGUGGGGCAACGCGGAUACCUCAGCGGAGACAAGAACUAUUCAUUACAUGCUCGUGUUUGCAUACAGUUUUGUUGUGUUUUUCAAUGCAUUUACUGUGUUGUACGAAUCACCAGUGAUAGCAACGCUAGUGACAUUGCUUGUGAGCAAUACAGUCAAGUACCUGAUGACCUUCCACACCACACCAUUCCUGCGCUCACUCGUCACAUAGGCACAAAUUCACAAUAAACUAGUUGCAGUA